CAACCGUCAGAACCUGAGAGGAGCUAUCAAUCCCACCCAAAAGGACUUCCAUUCGAGUCAAAAUGGCUUCCAUACCGAUCAUUGUAAAGCACCAGGGCAAACGUCAUGAGGUCGAGCUUGACCCGUCUCAGAACGGAGAAACGCUAAAAUACCAACUAUUCUCUUUGACCGGCGUCGAACCCGAGCGACAGAAGAUCCUCGUCAAGGGAGGCCAGCUCAAGGAUGACACUCCCCUGUCUUCUCUUAACGCCAAGGCUGGCCAGACCUUCAUGAUGAUGGGUACGCCGUCUGGAGGCCAGGGAGCUGGAGACUUGGGCAGACCAAAGGAGGUUGUGAAAUUCUUGGAGGAUAUGACGGAAGCCGAAGCUGCCAGGGCGGAGGGAGCCACUCCUGCUGGUCUGCAAAACCUCGGAAACACCUGCUAUCUGAACUCGACACUACAGACACUGCGAGGUGUUCCAGAACUUCAGGAUGCGUUGCAAAAGUAUCGGCCUUCUGGAAGCUCCACUGGAGGAUCGAGCUUGUCGAACCUUAGUAGUCUCGGACUCGGCGGUCUUGGGGCUUCAAUGGAUCUGACAUCCUCUCUCCGGGAUCUUUUCAAGCAAAUGUCCGAGACUCAGGAGGGGUUCCCGCCACUGAUGUUCCUCAACGCCCUGAGAAGUGUCUUCCCCCAAUUCGCUCAAAGAGAUCGCAAUGGACGCGGCUAUGCCCAACAGGAUGCCGAAGAGGCUUGGUCGCAAAUCGUGAAUCAACUGCGGAACAAGCUGAUUGUGAAGGAAGGUGAGGGAGAGUCCGCUACCGAAGUGUCCUUUGUGGAUAAGUACCUUGCCGGAAGAUUUGAGUCGGUUACAGAAUGCGAUGAGGUGACAGCAAAGGAGGCUGGCGAGGCACCCACUCCGAGCUCCGACGUCUUCUUCAAACUCGAUUGCCACAUCGGCAAGGAUACGAACCAUCUGACCGACGGCAUUAUGGAAGGUCUCGAGGAGAAGAUCGAGAAACAUUCUCCCACACUUGACCGCGAUGCUGUGUACACCAAGCGUUCUCGCAUCGCCCGUUUACCCAAAUAUCUGGCGGUGCAUUUCGUUCGAUUUUUCUGGAAGCGCGAGACCCAGAAGAAGGCCAAGAUCAUGCGUAAAGUCACAUUCCCGGCCGAACUGGACGCGGUAGACUUUUGCACCGACGAGUUGAAAAAGCAACUUAUUCCUGUCAGGGACAAGGUCCGCGAUAUUCGGAAGGAAGAGGUGGACGUUGAGCGCGCCCGCAAGCGCCAGAAGCUUGCCCACCGGAAGGAGGAAGAGAAGAAGGACGAGGUGGAGUCCGGUUCCAGCAUGGAGCCAAUGCAGAAAAAGAAAGCCACCGAAGAGAAGAAGGGAGAAGCCAAGAAAGAUGACGAUGAGGCCAUGACGGAUGUGUUCAAGUCUGACGCAGACUACGAAGCUGAGAAGGCCGCUUCCAUUCUUGCCGCUAAGAAGGAACUGUCUGAGCUUCUUGACCCGAGUCUUGCCUCGGAUGACGGUGUCAACAAGACGGGUCUGUAUGAGCUACGCGGAGUCAUCACACACCAGGGUGCCAGUGCCGACAGUGGCCAUUACACGGCCUAUGUGAAGAAGCAGCCUAGGGACAACGACGACAACACCGAAGGACGGUGGUGGUGGUUCAACGAUGACAAGGUGACCGAGGUGGAGGCAGAGAAGAUCGAGACGCUUUCGGGCGGUGGCGAAUCUCACUCUGCGCUGAUUCUGCUUUACCGCGCAUGCGACCUGCCUACUUCCAACUGAGCAGCCUCACAACUCUCAGAGUACAUAGGGGUAUGCAUAGAUAAUGAGCUUAUGGCUGAAUGCUAGGGCCAGACCUUCCUCUGGCCGAAAUACUACUACAACGGAGACUAUCUUUGUGCGGGGUAUUAGAGUAUCUUUUUCU